GGCGGAGGUAGAAUGAAGUGGCUAACCUCGCCGCAAAGGUAAAUGGCAGUCUCGUGCGUCACUUGUUCCUCUUUCCAUCAAUCACUUUGGUAGCUAAGCAUGGAGCUACACGGUGGAUCUACACUUCGCCGUGGUGGUGGAGGUGGUCGGUCAAAGACAUCAAAGACAAUUAAUCCUUUGGCUGUGUAUGAUUACGCAUUACGUUGUGCCAUCUUGGCGUCCCUCGAAGAUUCCAGACAAUCUCAGAAAGCGGACGAGGCUCAGAAAUCGCGACAAGACAAACACAGCUCUGUUCAUCUGGGAGAUGUACUAGGCAACAUAACCGAAAGGUUCUCGGAAGACAGUAAACCUGACAAACUCACUAAAGAAAUUGUUCGUGGUCUACUCAAACGUAUCGACGACAUCAUCAAGGGCAAGGAUACGACUCGGCAUGAAUACCAUGAUCCCAAGUUUAUUACUUCCCUUACGCUGUUUCAGCGUCCGUUACAACUUCAGAAAUCUCGACCGAUGGGAACUAUCAACGAUCUGGUUAUUAUUUUUUUGAAAACGAGUGAAGUCGAGCUCAAAAAAGAUAACCCAAAUCCAGCUGUUUGGGGUGAACAUCUUACCCAAUACAUUGCGUGCUUCUCAGAUUUGCUGAAAAAAACUAUUCAAGAAGACGCUCCGUCUUCAGCUUCUCCGGAACUGCUGCAGGCGCUUUCAACAUUUUCAGGUCCCAAGUCUGCUAGAAGUAACUCUGGUAACAAGCGCAGCACAAUUGUCAAUUCCCCUAACCCAUCGCCUGGCAAUGGGAUUGAAUCUCUGGAAAAUGCGCCAAUGGUACAGACAGUUCAGCACUUGUUCCAAGUCAGCGAGAAGGAUCAUCGGAAGAAGCUUCGUGAAUUACAACCUAUAUGUACAGAAUCCACUUUGUUGGUGGAUCUGAAAAAAUGCAUAAAUAAUGUACAUACCAAUCAGCCUUUCCCGGGGAGAAGAGAGGAUUUCCCGUCGUCAGCUGUAUGGGACAACUGGCAAAAGCGAGAAGUCAAGCAGCUGACAGAACUUAUGAAAUCUAUGAUGCUUAUGAAUCCCAACUUGUCAUUGGGAAGCGAAACGGAUGUCGGUUCAUCCAACUUGUUAGCCAGUGGCCGUAGACCCUAUUCUGGCGAUGCUCAUCAUCGUCGCAGCUCUGAUGUCUCUGAGCACCGAAUGUCCAUGUAUGGUUCAAACGGUUUGGACGUUCAUGAACCCCCUACUAGUCCACGCCCUGAUGUUCCACAAAGCUCGUUUACGUUUAUACCUAACGAUCCUCGAUCCUACUUCAAACUUUUGCUGAAUAUGUGCAUUGACUUUGAUAACAACGUCGUUCCUGAAUCUGAGAGGGCAAAGACGAAAGUGCUAUCAACGCAAUCCGACGAUUUGCUGAAGGAAUGCUGGAUGCGAUGGAGAUUAUCUGCACCCUAUCGUUCCAUUUUAUAUCUUGAAACCGUCAAAGCUCGAUUCGAUAAUGGCGAACUGGAAUUUGAUGAUGUUAAAGAUGCUAUUAAAGGUGUUGACAAGGUCUUGAAGGAGGUAGAUAUCAGUAGCUGGGCUAUUAAUGAUCGCGAGAGCUUGGUUAGGGUGUUUGAAGGGCUCAAUCAUACGAUACUACGCACUCUCGCAGACUCUGUCUCAGAAUACUGGAAGAUCAACCCCGACUGGAUUGACGAUCUUGCCACUAUGCUCGAACGCAUCUAUGAAAAUCCUGUCUAUGCUGAGGAUCACCCCAACCCAUAUCGCGAGCUCGAGCAAAUUGAUGAGAUAGUAGAGGGUGCAGCGGUUACCAGAUGGGCUGACAUUGUAAAUGUUACUUACGACAAGCAAAGUGAUGAUUUGACAAAUUUGUUGAAUCUAGCCGACAAACUUAGCAAGGAACUUACUACCGUUGCCAAGAAAUUCAAAGGUCCCAUUAUGGACCGCCUGUUUUUACCUGGAAUAGUCAUGACCAAACAAAUGCCGUACUUUGCCCUGGAAAUUGAAAAUUGGGCACAUUCGCCAGAUGUUCAUACUGUGCCGAUCAAAGUCAUUUUUGACUUAUAUCACAAAGUCUUGAAACUCAAGAACCUGUACGAUCGGUUUGGCCCGAGCAAAAAGGCGGCGCUAUUUAAGGUUGAAUCGUGGUUUUUGCUCCAUGUACGCAGGUGGCUAAAAACAACUGACGCCGAAACACCGGAAUGGGUAAACAAUGCUAUCGUGCAAGACCAGUUCCAAAGAAUCAACGAAACUACAGAGCACUCAUCUUCAGUGGUGGAUCUCUUCAGCAUGUUCCAUCAAGCAGUUGACUUUGUACAAGGACUGGAGUGGCCUAAUGAUAAUCAGUACUUCCGCUUUAUGACUGUCCUUUCCAAAGUCAUUGGCAAAGCUCUGGAGCAAUAUACCACCACCCUAGAAACCAUGUUCAGCGCAGACAUGUAUCCCAGAACGGAAGCUGAGAGUCAACUAAGUUAUAGCGUCUCAUUCUAUAACCGUGCAAGAUCACAAUUAAUUGGCGGGCGCAUGCGUAAAGACACUGAACCGUUUGAUUUUACUGCUCAGAUGUGUGUCAAGUUGAAUGAUAUUGAAGCUGCUAGAAGCAGACUUGACAAGUUGUAUCAGAUCAUGGAAGCAGACGAAAUUGCCAACGCGUUGAGAGAAAGCGGGAUAACCACAGUUGAAAAAGUCGAGCAAUCCAACUUUUUAUACUCUAUCAAGGUAGUCAUGGCUGAAAACCUCAAGCCAAUGGAUGCCAAUGGUUUGAGUGACCCUUAUGUUGUUCUGGAAAUUGAUGGCAAGCAAGUGGCCAAGACUCGCACUGUUUACGAAACGUUGAAUCCUAGAUGGGACCAAAUCUUUGAUAUACCACUCAACAAUCAAACAGUUGAAGUCCUGGCCUUGGUCUUGGAUGAAGACGUUCUUGGAGCUGAUGAAGACUGCGGUGCUGCAUGGUUUAAACUCUCACCGCAAUAUUUCGACGACUAUCAGACUCACGAAAUUAUACUAAAUCUUGAUACCCAAGGAAAGAUCGUCCUUCGCAUUAGCAUGGAAGGUGAAAAGGAUGAUAUCCAAUUUUGGUUUGGUAAAGCAUUCCGCACGCUCAAGCGGGCAGAGAAUGACACUGGUCGCUUGAUUGUAGAAAGGAUGUCAGGUUUUAUACAUCAAUGUUUAUCAGACAAAGUGAUGGCCAAGCUUCUAGGACGGGAAAGAGGGUUGUUCUCAGCCUUCAAGUCCAGCACCAAACCGAUAGAACCAACAUUACAAGAUUGUGAAGAGUCCUUAGCCCCCCUCUUAGACUAUUUUGAAAAGAAUCUCAAAACUCUCAACGAGAAUUUAUCGGAAACGGCCAUGCAGCUUGUCGUCUUGAAAAUCUGGAAAGAGAUUCUCUUAACGUUGGAAGGACUUUUACUACCUCCUCUAUCAGAUCAACCAUCGGACAAGAAGCCACUGGAUGAAUAUGAGAUUCACGUUGUUUUCAAAUGGCUGGAACUUCUCAAGGUUCUAUUCAAUGGUGGCGAGGAUGGCGAUGCUGUCCCUAUAGAUAAGCUGGAGAACUCGCAAUACUAUGCCCUACUGGCCAUCAACGCAUCGUAUAACAUGGAGACGGAGACUCUCAUUUAUGAAUAUCAAAACGUCCUUCGAAAUCAAGGCGACAUGAAGACCCGAGGCGGACGAAAAGCCGACCGCAGUAAAACAGUGUAUCACUCAAGACACACCAUCAAACAGAAGCGUCGUCCACCUUCCACCAAGAGGACAGUGGCACACGAUAUGCCCAGUAGUGAAACCAUUCUUCGUAUUUUACGAAUGCGACCUGGUAAACAUGUACGAGACUUCAUCCAUGCUGAGUUUGAAAAACGCAAUCAUCCUCCCCCUCCUCCCGUGUCUCAACAAGCCGCUAGCGAUGAUCAGCACUUGCUGCCUAUGUUACCUGACGCUAUGCUGACGCCAUCCGAUGAGUCUAUGCAGCGCUUGUCAUAAACAUUAUUCUAUAUCCUAUUUUGAUAGUUUUAUCAUCAGCUGAAUAAACGAUGCAAAACCUGAAAUUCUCAUUAGGAAGGAGUGAAAAAGUUUUAACCAGCAUGAGAUGAG